GCAGUUGUCAUGGCGCUUUCACGUGAGUCUGACUGUUGCUAUGGCGUUGUGCUGUCCGGAAGCGGCCUGGAGGGAGCUGCAGGUGCCCGCUUUGGGCGGUGACUGGGAACUUUUCUUGGAAAUCAGUGGCGGUAUUCGCAUUUACCGCAGGUGCUGCCAGGAAUCUAGUCUUUAUGAAUACAAAAUCUAUGGAACCUUUCCAGAUUGUGAUCCAGAGUUGUUCGUAGAUGUGUACAUGGACCUGGAGUAUAGGAAGCAAUGGGAUAGUUAUGUGAAAGAGCUCUGUGAGCAGGAGUAUAAUGGACAGAAAGUGAUUUACUGGGAAGUCAAGUACCCGUUUCUUUUGUCUAACCGUGAUUAUGUUUACGUUCGUGAGCGCCAUGACUUGGAUGUUGAUGGACGAAAGGUUUGGGUGAUUGUGGCAAAAUGUGUGCCUGGUUUACCAGUGAAAUCCAGUGUCAUCAGAGUGGAGGACUAUCAUCAAACUGUGGCUCUGGAGAGUGAUGGUAAACAAGGCACCAAAGUGUUCAUGCAUUACUUCGAUAACCCGGGGGGUAUGAUCCCAACUUUCCUUGUUAACUGGGCAGCAAAGACUGGAGUGCCUACCUUUCUGAAAGACAUGCAGAAGGCUUGUGCUAACUACCCUGAGUACUGCAAGAAAUCUGGGAAAUAAUUGCCAUGCUAUUGAUUCAGAUUUGAUACUCUGCAAGGAUGAGAAGAUUUGUCCCAACUUAAAAGACGUCUCACCUUUGUGCUAUAUUGUGAUUGGCUUGCAUUGUUUGACCAGUGGAAAAAUCAUAUAUUUAUCACUAAGACUGUCUGCACUCACUGCAUUGUAUGUCUUUUUAUACUAUCCUCCUUAUCUAACAAAUCCUUGGCAUCCCUAUCAUGGAGUGUAGAAGAAAAUGAAGUAAUGACCACCCAUAAACUACACUUUUAUAAGUGGGCAAAAGUUCUGCAGCUUUAAUCUUACCUACACGAUGGUUUUAAUGGGGACUGAUUUAAAAACAAAUAGCAGGUGUGGAGUUGAAGAGUUUCUUUGAGUGGAGCGGGGAGAAAAUUGGCACUGCACUUUGAAUGUUGUUUGGAAUUGUUUUUUCCUGUCUCUUGGCAUUUGAUUCUGUUUUCCAUUAGCCAUGACUAGGAGACAGUUCCCCACUGCUACGCUCAUGGUUGGGCUGUUCGUUAUAGGGAAAUCUUAAAUGAAGGGAACCAGAACAAAAUAUUAAUAAAUAUUGCUGAGCCUUUCCUGGAUCUAAGUCUGAAGGUUUUCCAGGUGUUCUUUACUCCUGACUUUCCACCUUGCUUUCACCCCUCUUUAUUUCUCUCCGGGGAUUUAGUUGAGCCUGUUGUGUACUUGAGGCCCACAUAUGGUGAACAAUAUGGUUGACUGUAGCUCAAUGGCUUGCUGGUUGAAGAAACUUUAACUGUACUCAGUGAGGGAUUAUAAAACGCCAACUACUUAAGUUUACAUUCUGCAUCUGUCAGUUCUACCUGUGCUUUAGGGGGGGAAAGAAGCCUAAUGCCAAUAUUCACUGCUCUUGAGUAGUACAUGGGAGCAUAAGCUGCUUUCUCAUUGAACUUGGUGUGCGAGUUUAGAACUGAAUGAUAAUGUGCCACUCUGAACACAAUGCAACAGUUACUGAUUGGCUUCCAGCAAUUACUGUGUACCUGGAACAGUGGAGAGCGUGCAGAGGUGCGGGGCCUUGCUUUCUUGGUUUCAAUGUAUGGAAUCUAGUUUUCUGAGUAUGGGGCUAUGUUGCAGUGUCUCUCUCGUAUUUCUUGAUGGACUGCACAUUGUAUUUAGUGAAAUUAUGAAUGUAAAUCUUGUGUUGUUCCUAGCUUUCUACCUAAAUGCUCUGCUUAUUACUCAUCGCUAUCAAAUAAGGCAUUCUCUGGCUGGAACUUAUCAGAGUGGAAGGUUUAGUAUGGUAUUCUCUAAAUUCCUGAAUGGCCUUUCCUGAAACUGGACAUGAGCACAGGCUUUUAAGACAGCUGCUAACAUUUGGAUACUUAAUUCUCUCUCCAGUGGUCAAAGGUGUUGUCUUUAUUCUUUGCACAAUCUAGGGCCAUGCAUGAAGGCUGUCUGCUACCCCAUUGAUUUCUACCCUUGGCUGCUGUCAUUCUUGACUGUGUGGCUAAGAAUGGAACAGUAAAUUUGUAAUUUUCCCUUCAUGAUCCCAAUUCAUAAAACAGAUUGUUGCUAAUCUUUUUAUAAUCCCGAGAGGAUUUUUCUGCAUUCUUUUAAGCCUGGCCCAUCCUACAUCUUUGAGCCUUAGUAAUCCCACUCCCUUCACCUUUUUGUUACCCUUCUGUCCACUCCAUGAUCAGACCCUGUUUAAAGCAAUCUCCUGCACUUCCUUGUGGCUGAUUUUAAGUGUUGCCUUGAUCCCUGGCUACUCAAACUCUUACCAUUUUUCUCUUUCUAAAAUUAUGCCUUGACUGUGAUCCUGUUUUCUGUGCAUUUAAAUGUGCUGCAUCACCCAACCAAGAGAUAUAGAAGUUUCUUUUUCAGCAUUUCAUUCCACUAGUUUCCAACUGCCUAAUGUUUCUUUUGCAUUAGCGUUUUGUGCUGAAUCUAUUCCUUUGUUUAGACCACCCAGUCAUGCAUUGUAUUUGUUUUCCUGAAACUUCAAAAUUAAAAGUUGAGUAAACAUUC